CUUCUUGCAAGUGAAUUUUCUGGUUCAGUUCCAGUGAAUUGUUUGCUGUAAAUGUAAAAGUACAUGUAAUUCGAAUCUCCGCACUGCAUACUUAGCCAUGGAUGGUCGUUGGGGAGAUGGAGGUCCCCGGGAUCGUGGUGAACGUCAUGGCCGUAGAAGAGGCGGUGGGAAUGAUCGCUUUGACGACAGAGAAAGGUCUUUGCGCUCGAUUUUUGUUGGUAACGUUCCCUAUGAUGCAACUGACGAGGACCUGAUCACCUUGUUCAGCGAAGCAGGCCAUGUCGUUAACUUACGGAUGGUGAACGAUCGUGAGAGUGGCAAGCCGAAGGGAUUUGGAUUCUGUGAAUUUGAGAGUCCCGACAUUGCGCUGUCUGCGAUUCGCCUGCUGAAUGGCCGGGAAAUACAUGGCCGCCAACUGAGACUGGACAGUGCAGCCAGCGAGCGAGACCGCGACCGGGAGGAACAUACAUUCACUCGUAACCAGCCACCCCCUGGUACUAGUGUGGCCUCUGCUCCACAGCCAGUUCAGCAGCCUCCGUUUGUACCGCAGGCACCACCCAUGCACGGUGAUGCUGUCUCGCCCGAAGAUGCACCUGGUGCAAUCACGAAAGCGGUGGCCAGUCUCCCUCCGGAGCAGAUGUUUGAGCUGAUGAAGCAGAUGAAGGUGUGCAUAAAGAACAGUCCCGAUCAGGCUAGGCAGAUGCUGAUUCAGAACCCACAGCUGGCGUACGCACUACUGCAGGCGCAGGUCGUCAUGCACUUGGUCGACCCGCAAGUUGCCCAGUCUAUCCUAGUUGACGAUAUGGCUCAGGUGCAUACCGGCCGCGGGGAUCCAAUGUCUCCGAAACGAGCCCCGCCGUCAUCUGCGGCUGGGAAUUUUCCGUCCGGCACUGGUGGUGGUCGCGUGGCGAAGCAGGACCCGAUGGCAAUGGAUCAUGGGCCACCACCCGCUCAGUUACCACCCUCCCAUGGUUUACCCAGCUCCGGUGUAGGGCCAUCAUCUGAUCAUCGAGCAGCGGAGUCCAGAUCUGGACCACCGCCAUCGGGUAACACUAGGGAUUUCAGAGGACCCACACCCAUGGACACUCGAGGUCCUCCAAUGGACAGCCGAGGUCCCCCAAUGGACAGCCGAGGUCCCUCCAUGGAUAACCGUGGACCCCAUCCCAUGGAUAGCCGGGGUCCCCAUCCCAUGGAUAACCGUGGGACCCAGAAGGAUAAUCGUGGUCCGCCUAUGGGUGGACCCCCUCCCAUGGACAACCGUGGACCUCCUCCAAUGGACAACCGUGGACCCCCUCCAAUGGACAACCGUGGCCCUCCACCAAUGGACAACCGUGCUCCUCCUCCAAUGGACAACCGUGGCCCUCCUCCAAUGGACAGCCGUGGUCCGCCUCCAAUGGACAACCGUGGUCCCCCAAUGGAUAAUCGCGGUCCCCCGAUGGACAACCGUGGUCCUCCAAUGGACAACCGUGGUCCCCCAAUGGAUAACCGUGGUCCUCCAAUGGAUAAUCGCGGUCCACCGAUGGAUAGCCGUGGUCCUCCAAUGGAUAAUCGUGGUCCUCCGAUGGACAACCGUGGUCCUCCGAUGGAUAACCGUGGUCCCCCAAUGGAUAAUCGUGGUCCCCCGAUGGAUAAUCGUGGUCCUCCGAUGGAUAAUCGCGGUCCACCGAUGGAUAGCCGUGGUCCUCCAAUGGAUAAUCGUCGCCCAUCAAGCGAAAUGCAUGGACCCCGUAUGGAAAUGCGAGGUCCUGGCAGCGACUCGCAUGGUCCACGAGACCGAGACAGUCGCAGCAGUGUACCCAUGGACAAUCGUCCAAACACCGGCCCUGGUGUGCCGCAUGACAAGCGUGGCCCUCCCGCGAUGGACAUGAGAGUACCACCACCCAUGGACAGCCGUCCUCCGUCAUAUGGCACCACGCAUCCGCCAAUGGAAAGCCGGGGUCCGGCGUACGACAAUCGGCAGCAGCAACAACAACGCCCGCCGCCCAUGGACAACCCGUCGUCCAUGGCACCUCGCAGCCAGUCCCGGGACGGCCGGGCUGGCCCCGCAGCGGCAGCGGAGAGUGCCGAUCGAGCAGCAGCCAUGCCCCGUCCAGGUCAGUAUCCGUCAGGGCCCGAGUACCGUGGACCGUCGCGUGGCCCCCAGCGUCUGCAGGACGGCCCCCCGCUGCCGGUUAGCACCGUCAGCAACCCAGUGAGUAGUAGUAGUAGUGCUAACACUGGUCCACCGCCCGGUAUGGACCGUGGUGGUGAUCACAGAGCCCCACGUGCUGGUCCUGGUGCUCCUGGUGCGGGUCCUGGUGCUCCUGGUGCUGGUGGCGGUGGUGAUCCACGUAAUCAAGAUCCUCGCUCCAAUAUGCGGCCCGGCGCUCCACCUGACUACCGAAAGGGCGACGGCCACGCACAGCAGGCACCACCUCAGCUUGGCCCUCGGGGCGAAAGUCGCGGUCCACCGCCAUCUAGUUCUGCGCCUGGUUCUGUACGUGGCCCUCCCGGACUCCAAGGUCCACCUCCUGUUACGUCCAGUGCUCCCCCUGCUGCAGCGCCAGGUGGUCAGGAAGGACCACGCGGGCCUCGUCGAGGUGGCGAUAACUCUCGUCCGCCUGUGGCCCUGUCCGGUGCCUCUGCGGCGGUGGCGGCAGGUUUAACGGCAGGGGUAGGAGAUGACCAAGAGAAGGCACAGUUGAUAAUGCAAGUCUUGAACUUGACCGACGAGCAAAUUGCAUUGCUAUCCGCUGAUCAGCGACAGAGCAUUAUGUUACUACGGGAACAGCUUUCGACUGCAAAGUAAGACACACUGCUCGUUCAGGGCUGGCUUCUGGGUGGAAAGUUGUGGCAAAGAUUCACGUGGAGUUUGAGAAUUUUAUUCAUACGCACUGCUGUCGACGUCAAUGCCGGGACUUUUUUUGUGCGCAUCUUGCUUAUCUUCUGACGUCGUUCUCUCCUCCGUUGCACCGCGUUUUGAUCUAGUGUGGCACUGUGACGCGCACGAAAUGUGUCUCGUAUCUAGAACUCUCUGUCGUUCUUGUGUUUUUUUCCCUUUUUCUCUUGUGUUUCCCGGUUCCCUUUUGCUGCAUGUCGGGUGUAUUUACUCUUACCCCUGUCUGCUUGCUUUGUAAAUACUUCACUGUACAGCAUUGGAAAAAUCUGCGUUCAGAUACUAAUUAUUGUUAUUGUGUACUUCGAAAGAAGUACUCAGAAGCACACAUGCACGCCAAUCUUAUGUUCUCUUCAUUGUUUGUGUUUUGUGCUAGAUGUAAUACGUUGUAAUCUCUCGCCCAUUCUGAGUUUCAGUUCGACUGAUUGUACUGUCGUGUUUUCCUCUUUUUUGUUUGUUUGUUGGUUUUGUUCGCAAGACCCAAUGACUGCUGCUGCUGCUGCUGGUGGUUUCAAUGCUAUUCUACUGUAGAUCAUGUGUUCACUUACAUAGUGUUUAUAUUCAAUGUAACCAAGAGUACAUAAGUUAUUA